UCUCUCUCUCUCUCUCUCUCUCUCUCUCUGCAGAGCGUCCCUCAGUGUCUCUCCUCCAGAAGUCUCCGUCCUCUCCAGUCAGCUGCCACGCUACAGGUUUCUACCCUGACAGAGCCAUGAUGUUCUGGAGGAAAGAUGGAGAGGAGCUUCAUGAGGACGUGGACCUCGGAGAGAUCCUCCCCAACCACGAUGGAUCCUUCCAGAUGAGUGUAGACCUGGACCUUUCAUCAGUCCCAGCUGAAGACUGGAGGAGGUACGACUGUGUGUUUCAUCUCUCUGGUGUGGAGGACGACAUCGUCACCAAACUGGACAAAGCAGAGAUCAGGACCAACAAAGAGAAUCCUUCAGACAGGACCAUUCCCAUCACUGCUGCAGUGGCUGUUCUUGCUGUCGUCCUCGCCGCUGCCGCUGGAUUCAUUUUUUACAAAAGAACGAAAGUCAAACUCCCUCUACAACCUCCAUCAGCCUAUCACAUUCUUGCUGUCAAUAUUUAAAUGUUCUCCUCUUAGUUGCUUUCGCCGUGAAUCGUCUCCUCCCCGUUCACCUCAGUUCAUCAUUUCCAUCAUUCAUAUGUGUCUAUAAGACAUGUCAGUAUGGAUCAUUGUCAUUUAAAAAAUACAGAUGUCAGUGCUCAAACAGA